AUGCGGACGCGGACACAGCAGUUGUCGUGCCAGGCUCCAACCUUUUUGCUUUGUACAAGCCUCUUCUUUCGGGGAGCCACUUGGGCUGACGAGAACAUCAGUUACGAACACAACGCCAAUGCUUCUCUGUCGACGAUCGAAGGCCCGCCACAACAGCCGACACUCUUAAACCUGUUCAAUCCACCUAUAACCACCACCACUCCGUACACCGCUGACGGCGGCUUCUACCAUCCUGCCGCCUCUCACCACGUCUACCCCAGCCUAGACGUCAGGCCUCGCCUGGGAUCAAAUAGCACCUCUUCAACGGGCAUGGCACAUGCCCACCGCUCCACAGCAUUACCCCAUCCCGGCACACACAUCAGCACUCGAGACCAGUAUUCUUCAGCAACGCCAUCCUUCAGGAGGGUAUCGGAGCACCAACCUAGAUCUCCAUCAUACCCAACUGCUCUACGCCGUCACCCCAUCUCGCCAACUUCCAGCCCCAUUACCGGUUUCACGGCGCCCGCGGCUCUGAGGAUGGACGCCGGUCACUACCCUUCGUCGUCCUCGAGGGCACAGGCGAGUGUGCCUCCGCUGGGCAGCAUCACCCCCCUCGGAAUCCUCCAAUACACUGACGGAAGCAUGGGGCAAGUCAAGAUUGACAUACAAGGCAACAUCGACAAGGGCUUCUUCCAGUCUGAAGGAGACUGGACCUGCUACAGGAGGAACUACUUUUCUUGCAUCUGCUCCUUCGGCCUGACCCCGCACUUCCCCGGCCAGGCUCUACAAUUCACACCGCAAGGCUCAACACAGCCAUACUCGGUUCUCGGUUUUGCCAUGUCCAUCUCGGCCGUUGUCGCUGAAAAUGAUACCCACGUUAUCGACCUCGUACAGCAUACGCCCAAGAGAGAUAAAGGCCCCGUCGAGAAGCCAGGCAAAGUGCGCCUCCACCCGAAACAUCCUCAAAUGUCACAUCCCAUCAACGGUCUCUACUCCCACGAUAACAUGGGAGGUCCGUCAAGAAUCUAUGACGCCCCGGGAGGAUUUGGUGGCCAGCAAGGUGGUGGUGACUCGUACCAGACGGAACACACGUUUGAGCGCAUCCAGUUCAAGCAGGCUACAGCAAACAACGGAAAGAGGCGAGCUGCCCAACAAUACUAUCACCUUCUGAUUGAGUUGUGGGCCGAUGUAGGAACGCAAGGCCCGGACAACUAUGUGCGGGUCGCCUAUCGAAAGUCGGCCAAGAUGAUUGUGCGUGGCCGGUCACCAGGGCACUACCAGAGCGAGAGGCGCGCCAGCACAAGCAGCGGUCCAGGAGGCUCUGGCGGGAGCUUCACCGGCUACUCCAACAACCCGAUCAUGGGUUCCGACUUUGGGCCCGCAGGUACGAUGGUGGGAAGCGGAUAUGGGGGAGGCUUUGACUCUCGGGGAAGCGGUCAUUACGGGUCGACUCGACACCACCCCGAGCUCGAAACCAUGUUGCCACCGGAAGACGCCAAAGCCAUUGAAACGACGAAGGAGUACCAAUACUAUCCAGGCCACAUCUACGACACGAGCGAUUCGAGGGGCGGCGUGGAAAUGUUCACCCACAGUCGACAUGCGCAGGACAACUUGGUACCGCACAUGACACCAACCUACGACCCACUUCACGAAAGAGUUAAGCGGGAUCCCGAGGGGGCCAUGCUGCCAAGCAUUUUCCAACCUGGGGCAUUCGUGUCGAACCAAAGGUGCGGUCCUUUCGAGGGCAAGCCGACGUCAGGUGGAUACUACCCAACCAUGGUGCCUCCGUCCGGUGUCAACGCCUCCAAUAUGACAUGA